AUGGAUCCAGCAGUGUUUGGUAAAUGGCUUAAAGAACAGCAAGCUCUUAUCGAUGCAAAGAAAGACAACAAUGAAGAAAUCGAAGUUCCUCUCCACUACCUGUUCUGGAGCGACGGCAAAGCAGACAAAGUCCCCAGCGCAACCGCUAAGAUGACCAAACAAGACCCCACCGAGUACCUGGAUGCUCUGAGCAAGAAAUACUCGAACGUCUAUGGAGUGAAGCUGGUUUUUACUAGUCUUCCUAUCAAUUACACGGUCUGGAAACAGAACCCUCCUCGCAAAGACAUCUACCUCUAUGGCCACCCACGCGGAAGAUUCCCGUCUGUCGAUCAAUGCAUCUACCACAUCUGGCACCUGCUUAACAACAAGAUCUCCGAGUGCGAUUGCAGAUUGUGUGAGGGUAUGGUCAGAGGCUAUGGCAAUAAAGGCAACUAA